GCUUGUUAGUGUUCCGCAAAUCCACAGCGGGAUCACCCGCACAACCGGGACACGAUCCCUAAACGCACAUACGAUAACACAGAGCCGCCUACAGGGUCGCUACGAUACAAACAGUUUCGCAAUUCACCAAAUGGUUUUUUAACGAAGCUAUUUUUGAAUUUAGUUCUUUUAUUAAAAGUGUAAUCUUCGUGUCGUAUUUUUAUGAUGUUGCGGAUUUUGUUCGGGUUUUAAAUUUGAAUAGUAGAAUUGUAUUUGUGCGGUCCGCGUUUGAAUUUGGAAGGCGAUUUUCGGGAAAGUUCGCGAUUUUCCGGGGGUGUUCGUGCGCUCUCGGAGGACUGAUUCGGGGUGCGUGUCGUGAUUCGAGAUUCGGUCGGACGAGUUAAACGCGGCGGCGGGCGGGUACACGGGCUCGCCGUGGCCGCCGCUGGAGCUCGACCCCGUGGGAUGGGGACGGAAACUGUAUCCAUCGGGAGCGCCCAGGUCAUCAGGCGGACUGAUGUUCGGGCUGCACCAUCAGGAGGCUGCGGGCGGCCUCCACGCACAGCCGCGAGGGCCCGUCACCUCACUCAAGGAGGAACCUCUCACCAGGGCCUGGAUGACACCAAGCUCGUUAGUUGACAAUACGAAUAGCGUGGGUGUCGGCCGGGCUCAUUUCGAGAAGCAACCGCCGAGUAACCUGCGCAAGAGCAACUUCUUCCACUUCGUGGUUGCUUUGUAUGACCGCGCCGGUCAACCGGUCGAAAUCGAACGAACUGCCUUCAUCGGAUUCAUUGAAAAAGAUCAGGAACCUGAAGGUCAGAAGACAAACAACGGCAUCCAAUAUAGACUGCAAUUACUUUAUGCAAAUGGUGAGUUCGUUCAAUUUGUUUCUUUGUUUUAA